AUGUUGAAAGUUUUGUUAAUCGUGUCUUUCUGUUUCUGUUGCAUGGAUUUCGCGCAGGAGGAACUGGACAAAAAUCAACUGCUGCUACUGAAAAACGCUUUCGAUGCCUUCGACCGCGAGAAGAAGGGUAUCAUCAGCACCGACAUGAUCGGGACUAUUCUAGAAAUGUUAGGUCAUGAGCUUGAUGAUGACACGCUGAAUGAAAUCAUUGAUGAAAUUGAUGUUGAUCAUAGUGGUCAGUUAGAGUUCAAUGAGUUCUGCACACUCGCAGCAAAGUUUUUAACAGAGGAAGAUCAGGAUGACGAAACCAUGAGACAGGAACUGAAGGAAGCAUUCCGGUUAUACGACAAAGAAGGUAAUGGCUACAUAACGACAGAAGUACUUAAGGAAAUCUUCAAGGAAUUAGAUAACACAAUUUCGCCCGAGGAUUUGGAUAACAUGAUUGAGGAAAUUGACUCUGAUGGAUCGGGAACAGUAGACUUUGAAGAAUUUCUUGAAGUGAUGACUGGCGAAUAA